AUGGCGAAGGUAACAGCUCCAAAUGUGGGCGGACAAGUGCGCCCCAAAGAGCCACCUGGGGUGAAAGCAAAGCGGAUCUUCAAAUCUUUCGUGAAAACCAACGGUUACGUGGUCGCCACCACUUCGCUCAACUACUGCGGCGCGAUUAUCGCGGACAAAUUGACUGAAGGCGCGGUUUCGGCGCUGUUUGGGAAGGACUGGGCUAAAGAUUACAACAUGAGCUUGUACUAUGUUUUGUUCUUUGCAGCUGUGCUGCUUUUGUUUGGAAUUUGUUUUGAGUGCAAAGUUCUCAUCAUUUCCUUCAUUUUCCCGUACGCUUUGGUGAUACACAUGGAAGAGGAGAAAAGGGCCAGUUACAUGGUGCUGAAGUAUAUCUUCAGCGUGUACGCAGGCAUCGUGCUGACUUUGCUGCUGACGUUUGGAGUUCGAAAAAUCUUCAAAAGUAAGCUGCCAAACACACUCCGAGGGGGAGUCCAGCAAACGCCAAAGUGGUGGCACCGGGUUUUGGAGUUUUUUUGCUGUGGUUCUUGCCAGAAAAUCAAACAAUACCGGCAGGUGGCGCAGAAUGUUUGA